AUGUUCGGUUUCCCCAAUCAUAUCAGCGACUACGGUCUGAAAGAGUAUCUACGUAUCGUGGUCAUUAUCUGUGUGUAUGUUCUUCUUCGGCCUGUAUUUGAGAAAGUAUUCUCCAAGCUCAGUGAGCGUGGUCGGCUUCGGGAGAAGACGCGCCGGGAGGAGGAACUCGCUAGAAUGUACAAGGAGCAGCGUGUGAAGGAGAGACUCGGUAUUUCCACUGAGACGACUGAAUCUGAGAGCACUCAAGAGACUACAUCUGCCAAGACGGCCUCGGUGUCUAAUAUUCUUAAACGGGGCAGCCAGAAGAAGACCGCGAAGAUCGACAAGAUCCUGAACGAUUUUGAUAGCGAUGAAGAUGUUUCGGAUCUGAUUGGCUGA